AUGCGACCCCAAUCCUCAGCCACGCGGCCCGUACCGCCAGGCAUGGAUGGCCGCCUCUGGAUGCAAAUGAAGGAUGCAUUCAAUGAUGAUCCAAAAGCGCGCCUGCACGCCUGCGUCCGCGACGACGACUUGUCGAGGCUGCGAAUUUUCGUCCCUCUGUGCGGCACUCUUGACCUUGAACUCAACUACUGCGACCCGGACUUCGGCUCUGCUCUUCAAGUCGCCGUAUUGUGCGAUAACAUGGCAGCGGCAGGCAUUCUUCUUGAUGCUGGCGCCAACCCUUGGGCUUCUAAUGAUUUCACUGAGCCGCAAACUUCGGCUAUCGAAACGGCCAUUCAGACAGGCAACCGCGACAUAUUCACUCGUAUAUGCGAAAAGACGGGUUUGGGAGGCAGCAAAAACUUGCAACAGCUUCACCAUGUUCUGGGUUGGGCUGACGACUGGUCGGAAGCUGUCUUGGAGAAUGCCCUUGGGAACGCCGUGUCAGGAUGGCACGUCGAAGUGGUUCGGCUUCUUCUGGCCCGUUGUAGAUACUCACCGCUACGCCUCAACUUGUCUCUCUGCCGUGCAGCCGACUUCAGGUCGGAUCUGCUCAGCCAUCCUCAUGCCGAUUGCAACGGGCUGGACUACGUGAACCAGCAAGAGCUCAUCGGUUGCCUUGUCAGUGCAGGGGCCGACCCAAACAGUAACGCUGAAGGGCAGAAUAUCGUCAUUGCAGCGGCAACGUGGGCGGACUUGGUAGGAGCUCUCAAGGCGCUUCUCGAUCAGGGCGCUGAUCCCAACGGAGGCGGCGCUGCUGGAGAAACCGCCCUUCACCAUCUCGGGUCGCCGGUGCAUAUUAAAAAGGGUCCCAAGCGCUGCCUGCACGAAACCGGUAUUCGUUUGUUAUUGCAACACGGUGCGUCCGUCACGAUUCGGGAUGAGUUUGGCAACACGCCGCUGCACUACGCUGCCUUUGGAUCCAAUAUGCACAUUUUCGCCCUCUACACCACCGGUCUGGCAGUUGACAGUCAAGAUAACGAUGCAUUGAACUCGAUCAAAAACAAUAGUGGAGAGACGCUCCUUCACUGGGCCGCUGCGGGCAAGAACAUCGACAUUUUGCGCUUUCUAUUAUCGUCCGGUGCGGACGUCAAUGCCGCCAAUGACAAUGGCUGGACGCCAUUAAUGUGUGCUGUAGCCCCGUCAACUCCAACUGAGACCUUUGUGCCACGUUAUUAUAAACCACUGCAGGCGGCAAGAUUUAUGCUGGACCAUGGAGCAGAUCCCCUUGCGUGCACGGCUGAGGGUUGGACACCGCUGCACGGCUUGUCGCUUUACCUGGACAAUGGCGAUGGCAAUGACAACAAGUUGGCAGAUCUUGCCAAGGAGUUAAUCACGAGGGGUAUACCUGUUGAUGCUCGAGCUACCAUGUUGGCUAUUUCCACAAACUCUAGUCGUAAAUCACUCCGUGUGUCCAACCGGGAGGUCGGCAUUUGGGGCUCCCGAGUCGCUGAGCAUCUCCAACCCAACGGCGACAAGUCGCCUGCGACAACCAAAGAUAGAACGCCGCUACACUGGGCUAUGUUUCACGGCGCUGCCGGUGUGGCAAAGGUUCUGUUGGCCAAUGGUGCUGACGUGAAUGCCGUUGAUGAGAGGAAUUGCCUGCCAGCUGAUCUGAUAAGCACCUCGCCACUGCUCGAGACGCACGCGAAUAUACGCGCAAGAUUAACACGCAUUUUGGUUAAUGCUACAAAUUCUAGCGUAGAGUACUCACAAAAGCAACAGCAGGCCACAUAG